GCCCCAUACCCUUUAUACUUGCAACAUUCCACUAGUGACAACCUGCUUUAGCUGGCACUCUAGCUCUACGAUAAACGUCUGAGAAAUAUAUAGAAAAGGCAUUUUGGACUAUGCUUAUUGGGCUGUCUAAAUAUAUUACCAAUUGUGUUCAAUGCAAUGAUGCAAGUAAACUAGUUCAGGCUAGUAAACUGCAUUUUAUACUUUUAAAUGUGGUAAACGUGCGUGUCUUCAUCAAAGCUCUCAAAAAACGCAAGUCACUCUGCCUAGGGAGUGUGAGAUUGUGAUGAGGAGCAAAAUAUCGUGCAUAUAGGCGCAUUCGAAUUAAUAGCGCGAAUGACUUGACCGUGAAUCCCUAAAGGGCGGAUAGCUAGACCACGGUGAGCUUUUGCGAAGUGCAUGUGGCGUGAUUGCGGUCUUUAAAAGUUGGGUUUCUCGAACUUCACGAGAAAUUGGUAAAUUAACAAGCUUCACCCAACAGCUCACAGUUUUGGACGAAACUAGUGCUUGAACAUUGUAUCCACAGUUUCAGUAGGAACACUCGCGUUAGUGAGGAGGCACCGGGGACAUUACGACGGCAUAUGAAAAUGUUAGCAGUAAAGAGGUUGUUGAGCACCGUGGUCCAAGCAUGUCCACUGCUUUCGAUUAAGCCGACGCGGGGACUUGUAGACGAGAAGCUUCAGAUCGUCGUGAGGAAUUUAAGACCAAAACAAGCCGUGACACUUCACUCUGUGCAUCAGUCAGAAGAUAAGGAUUUUUGGGAAGCCUUUGGACAUUAUGUCAGCGACGACAACGGCACCGUGACCGUGGCAAAGGACGCCAGUCUGAGCGGCACCUAUGUAGGUGUGGAGGCCAUGGGACUGAUGUGGAGUCUUCGGCCAGUGCCAGGGAGUCGAACAGGACUGAGGUUUCUUAAGAAAGAUGUCCUGUCUCCACUUGUCUUCCACAUUUCUAUGUAUGAUGGACAUGUUUCUCAGGGUUUUACCCAGCACACGCCAUUAGAGAGCCUCGUUAUAGAGCGAUGGUACAUGGCUCCAGGUGUACAAAGAAUCGAUAUCAGAGAGAGAGGUGUUCGAGGAACUUUGUUCAUACCUCCAGGCCCUGGCCCAUUUCCUGGUGUGCUGGAUAUGUGGGGAGGGGGUGGUGGGCUGGUGGAGUAUCGAGCUGCCCUCCUGGCAACACACGGCUUUGCUUCAAUGGCGCUGGAGUAUCUGACUUCAGGCGAAUUUAAAAAACUAAAGGUUGAUGUCAAUUACUUUGAGAUGGCAUAUCAGAUCCUGCAGAAUCAUCCCAUGGUGCGGAGGGACAGAUUGGCUCUGUGUGGUCUCUCGUUAGGUAGUUAUGUCACCCUCUUCAUGGUUGCAACCUCCAAAAUCAUUCAGCCCCAGUGUUGUGUUUGCAUCAGUGGCAGUCAUGUUCCUCCUGUCAAAACAUCUUUCUAUGAAAUCUUAUUGGACAUGAAGAAAAGGCUUGAAAAACAUCGGAGAGAGAAUAUUCAGGAGCUCAUCUGGAGAGAUGUUAUGCUGCCCAUCCCAGCAGAACUGUGCUUCAAAGCUGAUGUUGGCCAGAUAACAUGUCCAGUGUUGUUAAUGGUCGGAGGUGAUGAUCAGAGCUGGCCCACUCUGGAGUCUGCUGAAGAUAUGGAGCAGAUAAUGGAAAAGGCAGGAAAUCGUCACCUGCUCCAAGUCCACAUCUACCCUGGUGCAGGUCACUUAAUUGAGCCACCAUACUCACCACACCACCGGGCUACAAACUUCAGUUUGCAAGGAAGCAAAGAUAAAGUGCUCAUGCUCUGGGGUGGACAGGCCAAACCACAUGCAGAUGCCCAAGAGGACUCAUGGGAGAAAACUGUAGCCUUUCUACAGCAACAGCUGUAUCACGCUACCCCGCAGGUGAAACUGUAGUAGUACAUCAUUCUAAGGAAGAGUAUUCAAAUAUAGAAAAUAUCUCAAAUAAUUUUAGAAGGUAGUAUGAUGUGUGUGAUUUUUUCAGUUUGCACUUUAAAUAAAAAUGUAAAAUGUAUAUAAAACACUUUGUUGUUAGUGGUUUAACUACUGUGAGUGCUUGUGAAAACUACUGUGGUUUAA